AUGCGCUCUAUCCUCGUUGCCGGCCUUCUCAUGGUUGGCUCUCUACUUCCUGAGGUUUCCGCAUACCCCAGGAUUGUCAUUACCACGCACACUCUCCGACAAACCCACACUGCCCAUAUUUCCCACACUGCAAGCUCCAAGGCGGUGGCGGCCACCGUCACCAAGGUUGCAUCGUCCUUUGACUUUGAAGCGCCGAGCAAGCUGGACAUCAACCCACACAACAAGGGCAGCAACAGGAAGAAGUACCACGGCAACCCGGCCGGCGGUAGAGUGGUCGCGCGCGCAGAGGUUGCUGCCCCAGUCGAGUAUCCCGCUGUGGAUGCAAACGGCGACGUCCUUACUGGCUCGGACACGCUGAACACCACGGGCGACACCAAGGUGGUAGACUGGCAGAACGGCAGAUCCUCUUCGACGUACGGAGCAUCGGAGAACGUCUGGACCGACCUUAAGGGCACGGGCAUGUCGAUCCUCAAAAAGGUCAUGGAAAAGAUCAUGGAAAAGAUCAAGCACCUGCUGGGCGGCGGCUCCUUUGUCGACAGCUCAGGCUUUGAUGACGAUUCCGACUCGGAUAACGAGGCAAUUGUCGAAGGUUUCAAGCAGAUCUACAAUGAGACGACGGAGGAGCUGGAAAGCCUGGGUCUCUCUGACGACUAA